AUGGCAGACUCAAAUGCUCUUGCUGCCGAGUUCAACGAGGCAGAGAAAGCCGCCACUGAGGAAGACCCUUCGAAAACUCUUGCUGAUGACGACGAACUCGCCCCAAAAGGCUCCAUCUGUGAGGCCAAGGAGAUAUUUGACACCAAAACUAGCAGCUGCAGCUGUUGUACGGAAUGGGUCGACGAGAAGCCCGAGCGAGACCGGACCGAACAGAGCGAAGCCGCGGAAAGUCGACGGGCGCAGUUCUCCGUUAUUCGCCGUUUGACACCUCACGGUGCCGGCGGAUGGAGGACACACUCGAUACUCAUCAACAGCCGCAGCAUACAAGAAGCUCUUGCCAAGGUAUUCGUGGGAUACCCAGUGACGUAUUCUGACGACCACAACCUGGAACUGACUCACAAAUUCAUCCCCUUCCUCCACCGUUGGGACAAGCUUCUUGAGGUGGAGCAGGACGAGCCUGACGCCGAGACUAAGAGACAUUUGACCCUCCUGCGCUCUACUCUGGAGAUUGACCUCGCCGAUAAUCUUAAGCGGCGCAAUCUCGUGGCUCGCACGGGACUUGCGAGUUUUCCCGACAUGGAGCUUUUGUUUGAGCCCGGACAGGUUGUAAUCUGUGAGAGGUCCGACGGUAUUAUGACUGCGGGAGUAACUCGUGAAGUGACUCUAGAACCUUCAACAAUUUGGUCUGCCCGGCAUUACUUGGUAGACGUUGACACUACCGCUUGGGACGGCAAGCGGUUUGGCGUAGAGCAAAAGGAGUGGCGGCUGGAUGAUUUCAGCGGGACCAGGAAAGUUCACAGCCUGGACAUUUACCCAUUGCAUAUGCACCCAGAUCACGAGAAGAUCCCCAGGGAACUGAUAGACAGAGGCAAGAAAUAUGAGAGACUUCGUGGUCAGCAUUUUGUAGCUUACACUGGAGAGACAAGGUCGGAAAAUGUCAGGGAACGUGUCAUUAUCGACGCAGACUUUUACUAUCAAUCCAGUGAUGAUGAGCGGCCCAGAUUGAAACCCUUUAAGGAGUCAUCCACGGGUGGCGCCAUUCUGGACGAGGAAAAUAGUGCUAAUAACGACAACGGCAUUGGAAAUACGGCUAAUGGCGAGGACGCCUAUCAUUCACACGCUGGAAGCGCUCAUUCCGCUCCUCUGACAAAUGACCAGCUUCUUCUGGCUUCCUGGAGUAUCACUGCUUUCAGGCUCAAAACAAAAGUCUGGUCCGACUUGGCCGUCGAGAAAAUCCUAGAGAUCGACUGGAUACCCGACCUGAUGCCGAGGCUCGUUCUCGAUCCAGAUAUCAAAGACCUCAUUGUGGCACUAAUCGACUACAAGACUACUCAAGCGACGGAUGAACAGCAGACUUUCGACGACUUCAUUCCUGGGAAGGGCAAAGGCAUUGUGAUGGUACUAUGCGGGCCCCCCGGUGUUUGGAAAACACUCACAGCGGAGGCAGUGUCAGAGCAUUCAAAACGCCCACUGUACCGUAUCAACAUGAACGACCUCGGUGGUUGUGUAUCAGACGUGGAGCGCGGGCUGGAGAUCGCAACGAAACGAUGUUCUCAGUGGAACGCCGCCCUGCUUCUCGACGAGGCGGAUGUCUUCCUCGAGCAGCGGUCCGUCAACAGCCUAGAGAGGAACGAGCUCCUCGAAUACUACGAGGGCGUCAUGAUUCUCACGAUGAACCGCGCGGCGUCGAUCGACCCCGCGUUCGAGUCACGCAUCGACGUCACACUGACCUUUGAGGCACUCACCAAGGAAGCCCGUAGACGGAUCUGGGACGGCUUCCUAAGGGAGACAACACACCCGGCGUAA